UAGAAUCGCUGCCGUUUGGCCCAGUGGCCUGUGGGAAGGAUUUGGAAGCUGUAAGAAUUGAGAACGCUGGACGAAUACGUACUACAUUCUUCUGCUGCCUAUAUCCCAGCGUUAAAAAAGCCUGGGCUGUCAGCUGCCUUGUGUAAACUACGGAGCACAUGUCCUGUAAGGCUUUACACAGGUAGGACCUCAUCUCAUGCCUGUCUGGCGUUUUGACCUCAGUAUUCCUGACAGUAGAGAGUAGUGAAGAUGUGUUUCCCAGCAGUGUGAGAUAGCUUCUGAAGCAAACCAGGAAAGUCCUGCAGGCAAAGGAAGACACAGCUAAGAUGAAACAGCAGAGUUAGAAGAGCUGUUUCUCUUGGCAACGAAGAUUCAACACAACCCAGGCAUUCCAGUUUCCCCAUCAGGCCAGGAGACCGACUGAUGGGAUAAAGGGUAGUGAACACGGCGGUACAGUGAAGCACGAAGAGCGCGGGGCCCACUGGAUUUAGCCUCAGCCAUUCAGCGCUCCCGGUCUCUGUCUCUCAGCCCACGCCUGCCACCUCGCACUCCAGGCUGGGCUGCACGGCACGUCCCUGAGAAGAAGGUGCCAGCCAUUAACAUAGUAAAAACAUCUGCUUUUCUGAAGCCACAUACUUCUUGACACAGGACUCUGAGAAAGGCUCGUGGACUUCAGAUGGAAAUCUAUGUUUAUGAUCUACAGACUAAAGAACAAAAACAUUUUUUAAAGAAUCAUAUGGAUUUCCCUUUAAAAGAAGAAAAAGACAAAUUGGCCUAAAUAGAAAAGGCUAGGCACCUAUCCUAUGAUCAUUGCAAUCUAAGGAAAUCAUCAAGAGAUAUCAAUGUUAAAUGCCAAGAUAGCGCUAAGAAAUGACAAAAAUGUUCAGUAUCAUUAUGUGGGUAUGAAGCAUCACUCUGGACUUGCCUUCACUGGAAUAUAGUAUAAUAUCUCACACAUGGUGAAGUGAGACUGUUGGAGGUUUGAAUCAUCCAGACUGAUGUACUAUGAGAAUAAAGCGUGAUGGAUCGGUGACAAGUCUGAAGGGAGCUGCGACAGCACAUCAGGAGACGAUAAUAUGAGACUUGCUGUGAAGACAGCAGUGUCAGAGUUUGGCCCCUGUGGCUGAUGGUGUAGCCUCCUGCCUCGUCCCCUGCAGGAACGAUCUCGCAAGGCCUGUACCGAAGAUUCCGUAACCGCUUCCCUUCAGUCCUGGGCAGGCACAUGGGAGGCUGAAUUGCAGUCUGUAAGCUUGGAAAGACCUUCAGCAGUAACCUCCAAACUACGAAAUGACUACUCUGCCCCCACUGUCCAUGCCACGCUCAAAGCUUACAUCUCUAGCCAGACAGAAGCUGCCAUGCUCCCCCUGCUCAAUGCCAAGGUCUCAAUUGAUCAAAGAAAAAAGUGACAUAGAUCAUUACCUGGAGGUGAAUUUCAAAGGAUUGUCAAAAGAGGAGGUUGCUGCUUACCAGAACUCGUACGUGAAGAACAUCUGUGUGGACAUGCUGCGGGAUGGCUAUCAUAUGUCCUUCACUGAGCUCUUCGCUCUGAUGGAGAAGUGGGAGGCCCUCAGGGAGCAGGCCAGGAGCAGGUCCCUCCUCUGGUUACAGAGACCCCUGGAGGAGCAGCCUGAUAAGCUGGAUCACUUCUACCACUACCUGACCAGGGCCGAGGUGGCUGAGAGGAAAGGAUACUUUGAAGAUGUCUAUAAUAACUUGUAUGCUCUGGCCUGUUACUUCAAUAAUUCUGAAGACAAGUGGGUAAGGAACCACUUCUAUGAGCGAUGUUUUCAGAUCGCCCAACUGAUCAAAAUUGACGGCGGGAAGAAAGAAGCCGAGGCGCAUGGGCACAUGGGACUCCUCUUUGAAGAAGACGGUCGGCUCCUGGAAGCUGCCGAGCAUUAUGAAGCAUUCCAUCAAUUGACGCAAGGGCGGAUAUGGAAGGAUGAGACAGGCCACUUUCUCAACUUGUUGGCCUGUGAGAGUCUCCUGAGGACCUACAGAUUACUCUCCGACAGAAUGCUGGAAAAUAAAGAUUACAAACAGGCCAUCCGAAUUCUAAUAAAAGCCUCUGAAAUAGCCAAAGAAGGAAAUGACAAAAAGAUGGAAGGCGAAGCUUCCUAUUACUUGGGCUUAGCAUACUUGGCUGCUGGAGAGUACGAAACAGCAUUAACAGUCCUCGGCACUUACAGUCAAGUCUCCACAGAGCUGGAAGAUGACCUCAACCUGGCCAGAGCCUACGAAGCAAUAGCCAAGGUCCUGCAGAGCCAAAGAAAUAUGACAGAAGCAAUUAAAUACUUGAAAGAGGUUGUGAAAAUUGCAAGAAACAAUUUUCGAAGCCUGGAUGUUGUGAAAGCAAGUACAAUGCUCGGGGACAUCUACAACAAAAAAGGACAUUACAGUAAAGCUUCUGAGUACUUUCAGCAAGCUUUUGACACAGCAGCAGAGCUAGCCAACAUCCUUCUGAUGGAUGAAACAAAAGUGCAUUACGGAAUAGCAAAAGCCCAUCAGAUGAUGCUGACAGUGAACAGCUACCUGGAGUCUGCAGACCUCCCCGGCCUCGACCACCUGCUGUCGUGGAAGGAGGGCAGAAGCGACAUCGCUCCUGAUCCUGUUGUGGAGUCUAGAAGAAGCACAUUGGAAAGUUUAUAUCAAACCUCAGAGCAUUUGGAAGAAGAACUCGAUAACCAAAAAAAUGAAACUUCAACCAGCUUUUGACUUAGCAACAAAGUAAGAAGAAAUGUAUCAUGUCACCUGAGUCUUCAAUUAUCUGUAUAGGAGUAGGUUACAAAUAAUACAGCUAGACUUAUAAUUAAAACUAAAACUGUGUUUUCACUGGAUGUUGUAUUGCAAUGCACUACUUAUUACACAUUUUGUCUAAA